AUGGAUAGAUCCGAUGAGAAGAGUAUCCGACUCGCGGUUGAGGAAGCGCAGCCAGAAUCUGUAAAGCGCAUCGAGCCGCACCGCGUGCUGCGCAAGCUAGACUGGAGGCUGCUUCCUUUCGUUUCAUGGCUCUACCUCCUUGCCUUCAUGGAUCGUACCAAUGUAGGAAAUGCGAAGAUUGCGGGCUUGACAACUGACCUUCACUUGACUGGUGUCCAAUUCAACCUCACCUCCGCCAUGUUCUUUAUUCCAUAUUGCUUGCUAGAUAUUCCAGCAAAUGUGGCUCUGAAAUACUUCAGACCUUCGCGCUGGAUCCCGAUGAUUAUGUUCUUAUGGGGGGUCAUAUUGCUUUCCAUGGCAUUCGUCAAAGACUAUGCAGGUCUCAUGGUCACACGAGUGCUCAUGGGCGUGGCUGAGGCGGGCCUCUUCCCAGGCGUUUCCUUCUAUCUCUGCUUGUGGUACCCACGAUUCGCACAGGCACAGCGUCUAGCUAUCUUCUUAUCCGCCUCGAGCUUAGCUGGUGCAUUUGGAGGACUGCUAGCCUAUGCGAUUGAACACAUGGACGGGAUUGCUGGCCUUGCCGGAUGGUCUUGGCUUUUCAUAUUGGAGGGCCUACUGACGGUAGCAGUCGCGCUCCUUUCAACCGCCUAUAUGGAAGAUUAUCCUGAGACAGCGUCGUUCCUUUCCGAGGAGGAGCGGGCCUGGCUUAUCGAGACCCUCAGGAUCGACACGGCCGGUUCAUCUAAGGAGAUCAAACUAAGAUACAUUGUGCAAGCUCUGCGAGACCCACACUCUUAUCUCUUGGCUGCGAUAGACUUCUUCAUUGUGCUCCCCCUAUUUGCCUUCGCCCUUUUCCUCCCUACGAUCAUCGUGGGGCUUGGCUACUCUUCGCUACAUGCACAACUGCUCACUAUUCCACCGAGCGUAUGCGGCUGCGUGUUCACAAUCAUCUACGGUAUGGCUUCUGAUCGCUUGGGGGUUCGCGGCCCUCUUGUCUUGUUGGGGUCACUUUUCUCCCUGACGGGAUACGUCAUGCUCUUCGCUACGGACAAGCCACUGGUUGGAUAUGUCGCCACUCUGAUUGCAGCAGCUGGUCUGUAUCCGUCGUCGGCCUGCAUUAUUGCAUGGACGUCUGGGAAUGCGGGAGGGGACAUCAAGCGCGGUGCCAUGAUAGCCCUUGUGGGUGGCAUAGGUAACUCUGCAGCCAUCGCGUCAUCCUUCAUUUAUCGAUCACAAGAUAGUCCCAGAUAUCUUCCUGGACAUGAGACGAAUAUCGGCUGUUGCUGUGUUCUCGCUCUACUGACGGUGAUCACCAUGCUGAGAUUCUGGCGAGUGAAUCGCAAAAAGGAGGCGUAUUGCUUGCGAGAGGGCAUCGACCCCAGUAGGUUUGAGGAAUUUGCCGACAUGGGGGACAGAUCUCCGCUAUACCGAUAUACACUUUGAUCUUGAGGUGCCAAAGUUAAUCCAGCUUGCACGGAAGAUCGUGCCAGGAAUCGUGUUCACAAUAACUAACCGUAGAUCGAGGCCCGUUGUGUAGAUUUGGAAAGCAAUGGUCUGCAUCGGAUUAGUCAGGACCAUUGUGUGAAUGUGAUUCUCCAGUUGUCGUACAUAGGCACCCGCUACUGUUAGUACAUGAAUGGAAAUCAGUUGCAAACGUA